AUGGAAUAUAAUUUGAAGAAGGAAAUGCAGGAGUUGCAAGAACGACUGAAGAUGGACAUCGACGAGAGAGAAAAGAAGCUACAGAAGAGCAUAGACCAAGUCCAGGGAGACGUGGGAAAGGUGGAAGGAAAAUUAACAAAAAAGAUAGAAGAAGAUAUUGAAGAAACGAAAGCCGAGUUGGGAGAAAGAAUCAACGAAGUGGAAACAAAUUGCAAUCAUCGAAUCGCCGAGGUGACGCAGAUGCAGAAACAAUGCAAUGAGGCGGUUAAGGGGAUAGGAGAUAGGCAAAACCAACUAGCUGUCAAUCUGAGAAAUGCUAUAGCCGUGCAACGAGAGGAGGAUAACAAGAGGGUUGAAAUGGAGGUCAAGCAGUUACACCAGGGAGUGCAGCAAUUGGAAAGCAAGACAGAAGAAAUUGAUAGACGAAUUAGCAAUGCCACCUUAGCCGUUGGGGGAGAGAGGAAUUCACAAGAAACGAGAGAAUCACUAAAGGAAGAUUUACAAGAGAUCAAAACAUCACAAAUGAAGAUGGAAUAUAAUUUGAAGAAGGAAAUGCAGGAGUUGCAAGAACGACUGAAGAUGGACAUCGACGAGAGAGAAAAGAAGCUACAGAAGAGCAUAGACCAAGUCCAGGGAGACGUGGGAAAGGUGGAAGGAAAAUUAACAAAAAAGAUAGAAGAAGAUAUUGAAGAAACGAAAGCCGAGUUGGGAGAAAGAAUCAACGAAGUGGAAACAAAUUGCAAUCAUCGAAUCGCCGAGGUGACGCAGAUGCAGAAACAAUGCAAUGAGGCGGUUAAGGGGAUAGGAGAUAGGCAAAACCAACUAGCUGUCAAUCUGAGAAAUGCUAUAGCCGUGCAACGAGAGGAGGAUAACAAGAGGGUUGAAAUGGAGGUCAAGCAGUUACACCAGGGAGUGCAGCAAUUGGAAAGCAAGACAGAAGAAAUUGAUAGACGAAUUAGCAAUGCCAACUUAGCCGUUGGGGGAGAAAUUGUUGUGGAGGCAGCCCACUACCGGAGUCCAGGAUUAUUUUGA